GAACAGCAGAGGACUGUAACAACCUGCAUGGUGGUUCAUUGGCAAUUUUUUGUGCCACUGGGUUUCCUGGAUUACUGAGACUAACUUUCACACACUCUACAGGACUCUGCAUGGGCAGGUAGGGCUGUGUGCAUCCUUUCAUAGCUGGAGACUUAGCACUGUCUCUUGCCAAUAGCUUGUGUGCACGUGUGUAGUAAUUUUUAGCCGCAUUUAACAGGAUUGGUGUGUUUGUACAUUCAUGCAAGACAUAGUAAGAGCAUGGGAGCCUUUCGCCUCUCUCUUGCUCUCUUCCUCCUCCUCUCCUCUCCCGUACAAGCCCAGUGGUGGAGUUUAAUCUGGAGGAGCCCUAAAACUAGGACCUGGCCUUCUGCUCCCUCCAUUCCUGCCUCCGUCACACCCCUGGGCCCUUCUGUCAACCCAGGGAUAACAGAAUGGGACGUAAAGGAGGACGGGGUGACAGAGAAAGCUCUGGAGCAUAGCAUCCAGACAGAGGGGUCAGUGCUGGCCCCUACGCCCAACCCAGGAGUGUCAAUCUUUGGCCACAGCACUGUAGAACCUGGGACCUUACCUCCAGAGGAGAAUGCAGGUGGAGGCAGCAAAGCCAAGCCCCAUUAUAAACCACUGAAACACUGGAAGAGUGAGCGAGGCUCAGGAGGCCAUCUGGACCUGACAGAGUUAAUUGGCGUCCCCCUCCCUCCCUCGGUCUCCUUCAGUCCUGGCUAUGAGGGUUUUCCAGCCUACAACUUUGGCCCUGAAGCCAACAUCGGCCGGCUCACCAAGACUUUCGUGCCUGGGUCAUUCUACAGGGACUUUGCCAUCAUUGUCACGGUGCGGCCAGAAACUCAGAACGGAGGCAUGCUCUUUGCCAUCACAGAUGCCCGUCAGAAGGUAGUGGAGCUGGGUUUGGCCCUCACUCCGGUGCGUGGAGGCCUCCAGAGCAUCUUACUGUACUAUACUGACGGAAAGCAAGCUUCCCACAGCCACAAAGCUGCUGCCUUUAGUGUCCCAGAUAUGACCGCCCAGUGGACACGAUUCACGGUGGUGGUGGAGCAUGAAGAGGUGCGUCUCUACAUGGACUGUGGAGAGGCAGAGAGGACAACUUUCCACCGGAGGGCAGAAAGACUCACUUUCUCACACAAUUCAGGCAUUUUCGUAGCUAAUGCGGGAAGCACAGGGCUGGACAAGUUUGUGGGAUCGAUUCAGCAGCUGGUGAUAAAAGGUGAUCCCAGAGCAGCUGAGGAGCAGUGUGAAGACGAUGAUCCUUAUGCCUCAGGAUACAGCAGUGGAGACGAUGCUCUGGAUGACAGAGAGAAAGAGGUGGAAACGAAGAACACACAGGAGAGAAAACACGGCACAGCGCAGGAGGAGGACAGUGUUCCUGUUGGUGCUCCACCCACUGCGGCUCCAGAGGUGGAGAUCGAUGAGUACUCAGGUCACCAGACCCCAACAGAGACCAAUGAAGAAAUGGUGGUCAGAGAUCCACACCAGACAGAGGAGCCAGGAGAGAGAUCAGGAGAUGGUCAUGUCAGGCAUGGGUUAAAAGGAGAGCGUGGAGAUCCUGGACCCAGAGGACCACCUGGUCCCCCAGGCCCCACCUCUGUACCCGAAAAAGCUCAGCCUGGACCAAGAGGGACACAAGGACCACCAGGAACCCCUGGAUCCCCAGGACUUCCAGGGAGAGAUGGCCAGAAGGGAAACAAAGGUGAUAAAGGAGAUCCAGGUCAGAAAGGAUCUCAAGGAUUUCCAGGUUGGAAUGGAGAAUUUGGAGCUAAAGGAGAGAAGGGAGACAAAGGAGUUGGUUUACCAGGCCCUCCCGGCCUCCCUGGGCCUCCUGGACCCCCCAGAUCACGCAGUGUACCUUAUGGAGCAGAUGCCCUGGGUUCUGGGUUUGAAGACCUGGAUAGCGACACUGAACUCAUCAGGGGUCCUCCCGGUCUACCAGGGCCUCCAGGACCUCCUGGUCCCCCUGGACAUAACAUGUCAUCGUCUGACACAGCCGAUGGCCUACAUCCAGUGCUUGUUGGACCACCCGGUGCUCCUGGCAGAGACGGGCUCCCAGGCAAACCUGGAAUACCUGGUAUAGCAGGAAAAGAUGGGGAUCCGGGUCUACAAGGAGCUGUGGGAAGGAAGGGUGACCAAGGGUUACCUGGGCCAGCAGGACCAAAGGGUGAAUGUGGGUCUGUGGGUACGGCAGGGCCACCAGGGCCUACUGGUCCACAGGGGAAGACAGGGCCGUCAGGUCCCCCAGGACCCCCUGGCCCCCCCGGACCUCCAGGAACCAAAUUCUUUGUAGAGGACAUGGAGGGAUCUGGGAAGAGUGACUUGCUUAUUGGAGGCGGAGUCAGAGGCCCACAGGGUCCCCCUGGCCUACCUGGCCCAUCCGGACCUAAGGGUGAGGAUGGAGCCACAGGUGCUCCAGGGCUCUCUGUCAAGGGUGAUCCAGGGGACCCAGGACCAGAGGGUCGUCAGGGUCUUGCUGGACUACCAGGCGCUAGGGGGGCCAAAGGAGAAAAAGGAAGUCCAGGACCCAAGGGUGAUCGAGGUGUUGAUGGACGCAGUAUCCCAGGACCACCUGGGCCUCCUGGACCUCCUGGAUCUAUCAGUAGUCUGCAGGAUCUGCUGCUCAACGUUACAAAUGGUAUCUUAAACUUCACAGAGAUCAGAGGACCACCAGGGCCCAUGGGCCCUGAAGGCUUGCCUGGCAGAGCUGGAUUUCCUGGCCCCAGGGGACCAAAGGGAGAUAUAGGCCCUCCAGGUAGCAAGGGGCCAGCAGGGUUCAAGGGAGAGAAGGGAGAGCCGGGGGUGACCAUUGCUGCUGACGGAUCCAUCUUAUCAGCGCCAAGAGGCCCUCAGGGGCCCAAAGGCAACAAGGGUGAACGUGGGUUCCCUGGACCUGCCGGACUUAUGGGCCCAAUAGGGCCAUCUGGACAAAAAGGAGAAUAUGGCUUCCCUGGUCGCUCAGGACGGCCUGGUAUGCCCGGGAAGAAAGGUGACAAAGGAGACUCUGUUGGCCAACCGGGACCUCCAGGUCCUCCAGGUCCACCUGGACUUCCAGGAAGAAUUCUUGGGCUGAACGGAGAGUCAGUGACAGGGCGAGAUUCAGUUGGAGUUAAAGGAGACAAAGGAGACGAGGGAAUACCUGGAGAGCCAGGCACACCUGCACCUGGAUUUCCAGAUGGAAUCGUGGGUGCUAGAGGUGAUCAGGGAUACCAAGGGCAGAAGGGAGAGAAGGGUGACUCUGGUCUGCCUGGCCCUCCAGGACUGCCUGGGAGGUCAGGACUCGUGGGUCCAAAAGGUGAGUCCAUUGUGGGUCCCCCAGGACCUGUUGGUCCUGUAGGCCAGCCUGGAGCCCCUGGGAUCGGACGACCUGGUCCCCGUGGGCCUCCUGGCCCUGCUGGAGCCCCAGGACCUGUACCUGCAUAUAAACCGGCUGUCCCCGGCCCUCCUGGUCCUCCCGGCCCACCAGGUUCUCCAGGAUAUGCCAACCCGGUGACCAUCUAUAAGACAAUCAAUGCUCUGAGCAGAGAGACUCACCGAGCUGCAGAAGGAACCUUUGCCUACGUGUCUGAGAGGGGAGGAGAGCUGUACUUCAGAGUAAACAAUGGCUGGCGCAAAAUCCAGCUUGGAGAGACGAUCCAGGAUGGACCUUCCACCUCUGCAGCGUCUCAGGCCCUCAGCAGACCUGGAGAAUGGAGCAAACCACACAGGAGCCACAGCCAGGAGCUUCAAGAGGGCAGUAGAGGAUAUCAGCCCAGCUAUAACAUACUACCACAGAUCUUCAACGCUGUACCUGGGCUCCAUCUGGUAGCACUGAACACACCGCUGAAAGGGGAUAUGCGUGGCAUCCGGGGGGCAGACUUCCAGUGCUACCAGCAGGCACGCUCAAUGGGGCUGACAGCCACCUACAGGGCCUUCCUGUCCUCACACCUCCAGGACCUGGCGACCAUCGUGAGGAAGGCAGACCGCAUUAACAUGCCUGUGGUUAAUCUCAGGGGUGAAGUGUUGUUCAAUAGUUGGAUGUCCAUCUUCUCUGGGAAUGGAGGCAUAUUUAACCCAUCCACUCCCAUCUACUCCUUUGAUGGACGCAACGUGAUGACUGACCCAGCAUGGCCAGAGAAGUUGGUCUGGCACGGCUCCAGUGCUGUGGGCAUCCGUCUGACCACUAACUACUGCGAGGCGUGGAGGACGGCUGACAUGGCGGUGACGGGCCAGGCUGCGCUGCUGCAGACAGGACGACUGUUAGGACAACACACCCGCUCCUGCUCCAACCACUACAUAGUGCUGUGUAUAGAGAACACAUACGUGGGGAACACACAUCAAAAGAGGACCUGAAGAGACAAGACGGAGGAAGCACACGCUCACACAGACACACAUGCAGGCAUGCUAAACGUGCAGAGUAGAAAAUGUGACAGUGCACAUACAUUUUAAUUUGAAUGGGAAACACAUACAGGCACAUACACACAUUAUGUUGACAUAUCAUUGCGUAAAAAUUACAUUAAAGUACACAGACAACAGGCACUUGUGUGUUCAUACAUACAGAAAAAAUACACGUUAACAUGUAGAAGCAGGCGCCUACACACAAGCAAAGUUUCACUUUGUUUAGUUUCAUCUUUAGUGCCAAAUAUGUAAUCCGACACUUCACACGUCCGUCCCAGUCUAGAUUAAAAGUAUUUAUAUUCACUAUGAACCUGUAACAGCAUAGCAUGUCAUCACACAGGACACUGUGUUACAGUGUGUGUUGCUGAAGUGAAAGAUAUCAGUAGAACUGAAAACCUUAACAGACCAUAACAGUGUUUUAUCUUCUUAACUAAAAAUCCUUUAUACUUUACAUUUUCAAAUGCGUUUUCAUAGGUUUAGAUUUUUUGGAGUAUUUUUCUCAGAGUUUUAUGCAGCCAUUGGUUCCCGUCUAUUUCCCUACAGUAUGAAAAUGAACUACCAGACAACUUAAAUCUUGUUUUAGUUGUGUGGUCCAACACUGUGAACAUCAAUUCUGCGUUAUAAUUCUUUUUCAGUGUCAUGUUUCUAUUAUUUGAUGAUGCGGUUCAGGUGUAGAUUGGUUUUAGAAGUGUGCAUUACCUCACAACACUAGCAUGUUAGGUCGACUUGAUGUUCACCUUGAUGGAUUAAACACCUUAAAUAAAUCUGCCAAAUGAUUUUCAUAUUGCUAAUGGGAUGAAAACUAUUGGCUGUCUAUAACAGUACAUAGGUGCAUUACUGAAUUUUGGGUAAACAUGGUCUAUUUACAGAUUUUAAACCUCAUUUCUAAACAUGAUAGUGUUGUAGUUUAGACUUAAGUCUUGCAUAUCAAAACUAGCUGUUUUUGAAGACAUGUGACAAGACAGGCUAAAAAUACACUGGAGAUAAGGCUGGCAGCCUUCUCAAAAAGCCCCGUGGAAAGAACGAAGACAACUAAUGUAUUACACACCCUGUCUGUGGCUCUCAGUCACAAGACCUUCGGUUUCUUAUGAAGAUGUAAAUCUUUAAAAACAGGUCACAUAUAUACUCUUUCUUUUUUGAAAAGGUGCAGUCAUUUCCUAAAACAGCGGGUAACUGAAGUCUUUACCAAAUUUAUUGGGAGACUAUUUUCAGCUGUGGAUUAAUCCACAUUUGGUGCUCUAGUGAGUAUUUUGGGAAGCAGGAAGGUGUGUGGGACUGACUUAAAAUAAACAUGUGUGUUCAUGGUGAUGAAGGAACAUGUCAUCCAGUGGAGCAAUGUGGCUUCACCGAUGCGUUUUAAAAGUUGUGAGACGACAAUGGAGCUGUAUGGCAUAUUACGCACACACACACGCACAGACGGACAGAUCAGUUCAUGGUUGUUUGGUCUGAUUUGUUGACAACAGAUAUUUCUUUUGUCAGACCUUUUAAUUUGAGUCUUACACUCUAAUGUCAAACAUUUCUAAGAUGGAAACAAACUGUAUGUAAAUUACUUCCUCAAAGUCAAUCUAUCACAGCGUCACUUCUGUUUCCAGCAUUAUUUUUUUUUCAGGCCACUGAAACGCCCCACCUCCAAAAAUAAAAAAACAAAACUGGCUGGAUUUUUACCAAAAACAUUUUACCACUAAGAUUUGCUCUCUCAUUGUUUAAUCGCCAGAUAUGAAACAAGAUGACAUUAGUCGUGCAAGAUAAAUUAAAUGAACCAAGGCGUGUUUAUAAAGAGGCUUCACUUGCUUAGGCUACAAAUGUAAGAGAAAAUACAUGGAUAAUAUUGAAGGCUUCAUUUGUAAUUGGAGUGUUGCACUCCCCACUGAAAAGCUGUUGGCUCACUAGCUUUGUUUACAUUGUGUUGCAUUUUGUUUAUCAGUUUAAUGCAUUACUAACUGGCAUCCCAUAAUCCAAUAUUGAAUAUGGAUUGUCUUUACAAAUUCAAGUCCAAAUGAGCAUUUAUUCCCCCUGUUUUCUGUUGAACUUCAGACCUGUUGCUUGCAACAAAGCGAUUUGAACUAGCCUCAACACCAACAUCAGUGCUUUAGUUUAGUUUUAAUCAAUAUGUGAUUUUCAUUAAUUUAUACAGCAGGAUGUAUGUGAAAAUCUAGCAAGUUCAGUUUCAGAAUUUGAUGAAGUUGGAACAUGUAUAUAUAUGUGUUGUCCAAAUGAUAUUUUUUUUUUUUUUACUCACUACUUUGUAGAGGUAGAUUUUGUAUGAUGCACACUAAAUGAUUUGCUCUCACCAAGCGUUAAUUGAGAUGUAGUUCCAGUGUUCUGCCGGUAAACACGACAUAGGCCUGGUUGAAAUGUUUUGAUUUUAGUUUUCCUGAUGUGUGAUCAUGAUGUUACUGUUCAAACAAAACCUGAGCUUCUGAAAAAAAACAAAAAAACAAACUGUACUGACUGACGCUCACUGAAUAAAUGUCUUAUUUUGUGUUUUUUUUAA